CACUGAACUUCAGAAGAGACCAAGAAAGGCCACCUCUCUCCUGUUUUCAUGCCCCUGAGCACGCUGGCUUCCCCAGGAUGGCUCCUCUAUUAUUGUGGCUCCCUCUCCUUACACCCUUGGGGUCUCACCUGCUUGUGAGUCCUGUUUCCUAAGUACCCCCGCCCUGACACCUCCAGAAGACAUCAACACCCAUCUCCUCGGAUGCUCCUGUCCCCACCCUGUGCCCCAAAUUCCUGAGGUUAGGCAACUGGAACACUUUUUGCAUCCGUCUCACCUAGCCUUCCCCCUCCCUGAUGUCCGGCUCUCUCUGUUUCAACACAGGCUCUCACUCACAAUUAAGCUUCAUUACCUUAUCGGUGGAUAGGCCCUGAGUCACUGGAGGAGGGAUCCUGGACUGCCCAGCCCUGCUACCUUCUCGGAACCUACAGUAUAAGGGGCAGUGGCAAGAAGGAAGCCUCUGGAAAGCAGGGGAGCUGGGAACAGAGAGAGGAGGCUGUGGGUCCUGAGGGAGGUGGAGUCAGAAGCAGAGAGAACAAGGCAGGAGGUCCCAUAGUCCAGAGGAAGAGAGAAGGAACAAGAAACAGAUUGGGCUGUAAAGAUCCUGAGGGGAGAGAUGAAGCUCCGGGGGUCCCUGGCCUGCCUGCUGCUGGCCCUCUGUCUGGGAAGCGGGGCAGCUAGCCCACUGCAGAGCGGAGGCGAGGGCACGGGCUCAAGUGCCGCAGAAGGGGUGGGCGAUGCCAUCGGAGAGGCUGUGGGCGAGGGGGCGAAGGAAGCAGCCAGCUCUGGGAUCCAGAACGCCCUUGGCCAGGGGCACGGCGAGGAAGGUGGCUAUGCACUGAGGGGGGCCAGAGGGGACGCUUUCGACCACAGGCUCGGGGAGGCAGCUCGAUCUCUGGGGAAUGCUGGGGACGAGGUCCGCAGACAGGCUGAGGAUGUCGUUCGACGUGGGAUGGAUGCUGCCCACAACUCCGGGUCUUGGGGGACGUCUGGAGGCCAUGGAAUGUUUGGCUCUCAAGGUGGUGCUGGAGGCCAUGGCAAUCCCGGUGGUCAAGGGACCCCCUGGGCCUCAGAAGGCAACUUUGGAACCAACUCUCAGGGUGGCUCUGUGGGUCAGGGUGGUGACGGCAGGUCAUUCAACUAUGAGACCAAUGCUCAGGGAGCUCUGGCUCAGCCUGGCUACGGGUCGGUGAGAGGCAACAACCAAAACUCCGGGUGUACCAACCCCCCACCAUCUGGCUCCCGUGAAAGCAACUAUGAGGGAAGCAGCAGUGGUGGCGGCAAUGGUGGCGGCAAUGGUGGCAGCAAUGGUGGCCACGGCAGCAACAGCGGCAAUAGCCAUGGCGGCGGCAGCCACGGCAACAGUGGCCACGGCAGCAGCCACGGCAGCAGCGGCCAAGGCAACAGCGGCAGCGGCAGCGGCAGUUCUGGUUCCCGGGAAAUAGAGACGUCUAAUUUUGAUGAAGGCUAUUCAGUCUCCAGGGGAACUGGCUCGUCCUCGGGCAGCAGAGGUGGAAGCGGCGGUGGAAACAAACCUGAGUGUGACAACCCAGGGGAUGAUGAGCGCUCGGCCGGAGGAUCCAGGAGCCAGGAAAGCAGAGAAAGCAGCCGUCUCCUUGGGGGCUCCCACGACUACCAGGAGCAUGGGUCCAAUGGGAAUGGUGAAUACAAUGAAGCCGUCAGUGGACUCAAAGCUGUGAACUCCGACCCGUCUUCCUUGCCCUUCAACUUUGACAGUUUCUGGGAGAAUUUUAAAUCCAAGUUGGGUUUCAUUAACUGGGAUGCCAUAAACAAGGGCCGCCUCCCGCCCCCCAGCACGCGAGCCUUGCUCUACUUCCGCAGACUCUGGGAGAAUUUCAAACGCAAAACUCCCUACUUCAACUGGAAACAGAUUGAGGACUCAGAUCUAUCAUCACUGCAGAAGAGGGCAGGGGGCGCUGAUCAGUUUUCUCAGCCUGAAGCAGCGAGACAAGAGCUGUCAGCUGUCACAGCCAAGAACUACUACAAUAACCCGCAGGGGAAUCCUACUUACAACUGGCAAUACUAUGCCAAGACCACUCCCAAGGGAGGAGUCACGCCUUCAUCAUCCUCGGCUUCCCGGGCACAGCCUGGCCUGCUGAAGUGGCUGAAGUUUUGGUAGAAAAUUUCUUCUAGCCACUGCUGACACUUCAUGAACACAGGUCUUCAGGGAGCUUGAUUGUACUUACCCACAGUCCUCUCUGCUGGGACAGGGCUACCUGGGUGUUGACAACCCCCACAUCAUCCCACCUAGGGACCUGGUUUACCUGUUCUCAUCCUCCUCAUUUGGCUGUGGUGUCUCGGAGACAAACCAGCCUCGUUGGAUAACCAGCCAGUGUCUUCCCCUUCUCCCGUUUGUGACGGGGAAGUUCCCAUAAUGCACUAGGAACUUCCUGCUUUCAAGCUUCUCCGUGGAAAUAAAACACGACUUUGUUUUCCCAA